CUCUUUAACUAAGUGUUUCCUUUUUUUUAACUCUUUAAGAGAAAAUAACUUCUUAGAUUUGAGCUUUCUGAAGAGAUCCUCAGGAUGGCCGGAGGAGGAUUUGCCACUUCGGCGAACGGAGUGGAGUUUGAGGCAAAGAUAACUCCUAUAGUCAUCAUCUCUUGCAUCAUGGCUGCUACCGGCGGUCUCAUGUUUGGUUACGACGUUGGUGUCUCCGGUGGAGUGACAUCGAUGCCAGACUUUCUCAAAAAGUUCUUUCCGGCGGUUCACAGACGAGUAGAAGCCGGAGCCGACAAAAGCAACUACUGCAAAUACGACAACCAAGGGCUACAACUUUUCACCUCAUCUCUAUACUUAGCCGGUCUAACCGCUACGUUCUUCGCUUCAUACACGACGAGAACGCUCGGACGAAGGCUAACUAUGCUCAUAGCCGGCGUUUUCUUCAUCAUCGGUGUGGCUCUCAACGCUGGGGCUCAAGACCUAGCCAUGCUUAUCGCAGGCCGGAUAUUGCUUGGUUGUGGAGUUGGAUUCGCUAAUCAAGCCGUUCCUUUGUUCUUGUCGGAGAUUGCACCUACUAGGAUCCGUGGUGGUCUUAACAUUCUCUUUCAGCUUAAUGUCACUAUUGGUAUCCUCUUUGCCAAUCUUGUCAACUAUGGAACCGCCAAGAUUAAAGGAGGAUGGGGAUGGAGAUUAUCCUUAGGUUUGGCUGGAAUUCCCGCGCUUCUUCUAACGGUCGGAGCUUUAAUGGUGACGGAGACACCGAACAGUUUAGUCGAAAGAGGUCGUCUCGAUGAAGGUAAAGCUGUACUCCGUCGUAUUAGAGGUACCGAUAAUGUCGAACCAGAGUUUGCUGAUCUACUUGAAGCUAGUCGGCUUGCUAAAGAAGUUAAACACCCUUUUAGAAACCUUCUUCAACGUAGAAAUCGUCCUCAGCUUGUUAUCGCCGUCGCUUUACAGAUAUUCCAACAAUGUACUGGAAUCAACGCGAUUAUGUUCUACGCACCUGUUCUGUUCAACACAUUAGGGUUUGGCAGUGAUGCUUCUCUUUACUCUGCUGUGGUUACCGGAGCAGUCAACGUGCUCUCUACUUUAGUCUCAAUCUACUCCGUUGACAAAGUCGGUCGCCGGGUUCUACUCCUUGAAGCUGGAGUUCAAAUGUUCUUCUCUCAAUUCGUAAUCGCCAUCAUCCUCGGCAUCAAAGUCACAGAUCACUCUACAAAUCUUUCCAAAGGUUUUGCAAUUUUAGUCGUGGUAAUGAUCUGCACUUACGUGGCUGCUUUCGCGUGGUCUUGGGGACCGCUCGGGUGGUUAAUCCCGAGUGAGACAUUCCCUCUAGAGACACGUUCCGCGGGACAAAGUGUGACGGUCUGCGUUAACUUGCUCUUCACGUUUAUUAUCGCUCAAGCUUUCCUUUCCAUGCUUUGCCAUUUCAAGUUUGGGAUAUUCAUCUUCUUUUCGGCGUGGGUUCUGAUUAUGUCUGUGUUUGUGAUGUUUCUACUUCCUGAGACUAAGAACGUUCCGAUCGAGGAGAUGACUGAGAGAGUGUGGAAGAAGCAUUGGUUCUGGGCUAGGUUCAUGGAUGAUGACAAAAAUCAAAUGUUUGUGAGUGCUGAGAAGAGUAAUGGUAAAUCUAACGGCUUUGAUCCUUCAACACGGCUCUAAAUUGGUUUAAGAGUCAUACCGAAGUAGAAGCAGAAGAGAGUGCAUCAGAGCUUGGUAAAUGCACCAAAUAGAGAAAAGGAAAAGACAAUGUACUAAAUUUCGUUACUUUGAACUAUGUUUGUGAAUAGGUAAAGUUUUGUUUUGGCUUUGUUGAGUAUACCAAUUCUGGCAAGUGUUCUGUUCCUUCUAUGAGAUAAUGAAGAUGUAUAUUUAAUAGUCCAAGUUCUCCUUAUUCAUAUUACAUAAACAGAUGUUUUAUUGGACUA